GUCCGGGCACAUCGCCGCCGGGGGCCGACCGCGCGCCGCCACCGCUUCUCCCCUCCCUCCCCUGUCGCCGCCGGCCACCGGGUCCGCAGCGAAGCUGUCUUCCUGCCAAGAUCAUGUCGAGAGCCUUAGCCCGUCGUCCGGUGCCUCCGUUCUUGAGAUUGCGCUCCACGGUGUGCGAUGACGGCUACUGGAUGGGUAGAUUGGACCACAAGGAUUGGCUCGCCCCAAAUGAAGUGCUCAAGAUCUUUGCGAACAUCAGGGACCCUAGCCUGAUAACUAGUGUGUUCAAGAGGGCUUGCAGUCGGAGAGAUUACAAGCCCAGUGAGGCCCUCUACAGCUUGAUGAUUGACAAGCUAGCCUGCGCCAGGAGGUUCAGUGAUGUGGAGGAGUUGCUGGCCAGGGCAAGAACUGAAAAGUUUAGGUUUUCCGAUGAGUUCUUCUAUAGGCUGAUCAAGAUGUAUGGCAAUGUGGCGAACCAUCUUGACAAAGCCAUCGAGACGCUCUUUGCGAUGCCUGGGUACAACUGCUGGCCUUCUACGAAGACAUUCAAUUAUGUCCUUCACAUGCUUGUGUGUAAACGGCAGUAUGAGGUCGUCCAUGAGGUCUACUUGAGCGCAUCCUGGCUGGGUGUUACGCUGGACACCUGCUGCUUCAAUAUUCUUGUCAAGGGUUUGUGUCAAUUUGGAAAAUUUGAUGAGGCAGUAUCUUUGCUGCAUGAGAUGCCAAAGCAAGGGUGUCUGCCUAAUGUGACGACCUAUUCAACGUUGAUGCAUUUCCUUUGUCAGUGCAGUCGAGUAGAUAAAGCAUUUGAGCUGUUUGAGCGAAUGCAGAAGCAGGACAUUGCUGCAGAUACAGUUGUCUACAAUAUUUUGAUCUCUGGUCUCUGCAGGGAGGGAAGAGUGUCUGAGGCGUUCGAUCUGUUCAAAUCAAUGACGUCUGAAGGCUGCUUUCCUAAUUCAGGGACUUAUCAGGUACUUCUUGAUGGUCUCAUCAGCUCAAGAAAGUUUGAAGAGGCCAAGAACCUGGUUAGCAUCAUGAGUGCAGAAGGUGUGAGGCCUAGCUUCCAAUCCUACAAGCUGCUAAUUGAUGGCCUCUGUAGUGUUAAGUGCUUAGAUGAUGCACAUCUUGUCUUGAAGCAAAUGGUGGACCGAGGUUUUGUUCCUCGAAUGGGCACCUGGACAAAACUUCUCACAUCCAUGUGUUAAUGUUUGUUUUCAUGUUGGUGAUUUCCUUGACCUGACAAGACACCUGAAUGGGAGACCUUCAAGUUUUGUUAGAGGAACCAGUGGACCAAUGUCGGCUUGAGUUUCUGCAUGUACCAUGUAGUAUUUCCUAUUGCUGCCAUGUCAUUCUGAUAGGACCAUUAUGUCUCAGAAAGAUCGAGACCUGCCUACGGAUGCUGCCUAUACCGACUUGUUCAAGAUUCUAAACUUUGUUAAUUUUGGUAAGUUUGUGACUUUGCAUUAAACCCUUGAGACGAAAAGUGACAUAU